AUGAGCUCCUACUUCGUCAACCCGCUCUACUCCAAGUACAAGGCGGCGGCGGCGGCGGCGGCGGCAGGAGGGGGCGAGCCGCCCAUCAAUCCCGCUUACUACGACUGUCACUUUGCGCCCGCCGCCGCCGCCGCCGCCGCCCUGCUCUACGGGAACAGCGCUGCGGCCGCCGCCGCCGCCGCCGCCGCCGCCGCCUCAGGCUUCCCGCCGCCGCCGCCGCCGCCGCCGCCGCCAGCUCCGGGGUCCGGGUCCGGAGGCAGCGGCCCCGAGUACUUCCAUCAGCACCACCAGCACCACCUGGCCGGGGGCAGCCCGUCCGCCUACCAGCCGCCGCCGCCGCCUCCCUUGGCCUCGCAGGCCCCUUGCGCCGGCCUGCCUUGCCCCGGGGAGCCGGCCAAGUUUUACGGAUACGAUAACUUACAGAGACAGCCGCUUUUUACGACACACCAAGAGGCCGAGCUGGUCCAGUAUCCUGACUGUAAAUCGUCCAGCGCUCAUAUUGGCGACGAACCAGAGCACUUAAAUCAGGGCGCGUCUCCUUCUCCUAUGUUUCCCUGGAUGAGACCACAAGCAGCUCCGGGUAGGCGGAGAGGAAGACAAACAUACAGCCGCUUCCAGACUCUCGAGCUGGAAAAAGAGUUCCUUUUUAACCCCUACCUGACCAGGAAAAGAAGGAUCGAGGUCUCCCAUGCGCUAGGACUCACCGAGAGGCAGGUAAAGAUCUGGUUUCAGAACAGGAGGAUGAAAUGGAAAAAAGAGAACAACAAGGACAAAUUCCCCGCCGUCAAGCCAGAGGGAAAGGACGGAGGGGAAGACAAAAAGGAAAGCCACGGGGACCUGGAAGGCAGAGCGGACGGCCCGCUCAACUGA